UGGGGCCCCCGGGCAAUAGGGGAUCAUGGGGCCCCUGUGUCUUUGCCCAAACUCAAAAAAGCCUAUGAAAAAGGUACCAGGGGCAUCUCAUGGGGCCCCCUACUGACCCAAGACCCUUGGGCAUUGCCCAAGUUCCCAAAUGGUCAUCCCUGCCAGGGACGGACUGACAACUCAUGGGGCCCCUGGGCGAUAGGGGAUCAUGGGGCCCCUGUGUCCUUGCCCAAACUCAAAAAAGCCUAUGAAAAAGGUACCAGGGGCAUCUCAUGGGGCCCCCUACUGACCCCGGGCCCUCGGGCAGUGCCCGAGUUUCCAAAUGGUCAGUCGGCCCCUGGUCCCUGCUGAACUGGUUGAAUUUCAAUGUAUGUA